AGCACCUGCCAACCACCAACACUUCCCGACAGUCACAGCAUUAAGCUCCACGAUGGCGUCCGAAAACAGCCAGCCAUUGAGCGUAGCAGUUACCAAGCCCAAUAACCCAUAUUUCAACCCCAACGAUGGUGUCCUCGAUCCCACCAAAGAGUUCUGCCUGCCUUUUAACCCCUCUCAAUUGCGCCCGGCCAAGCAUCCUAGGGCUCCUGGUGGGCAGGGCGUUAAAAACUAUGGGGCCACCAAGAAGCCGAGGCUUGCACCUGACCCUAAAGAUGACGGCACCAACGAUGACAUUGACGAAAUCAGCUCCAUCAGCUCCGACGGCUCGGAAUCCACAGUGGACGCGAAUGUAUCCUGCCUGCCGCCCAACAGCUAA